AUGCUUGCGGAGUCAAAGUCUGGGAAGUCAUUAUUUAUCACAAUGAAACGACAUGAUGGAAGAACAAAACCUAUUCCAAGAAAGAAAGGUAAUCAAGUACCAAGGGCGUCAACCAGCGGUGAAAAUUGUUGCCUAAUGCGAGUAACCUUGGGAAGCAAGAAAAUUAGUACUCUGAUUUACCAGAGGGACAUGAAUCGGUUCAAUCAGGCUUACGCGAAUGUUAUUAAGGCAAACAUCGACGGAUUGAAGAAGCGAGACAAGCGCUCUGGUGGAGCGGCGGCUACGGUCGCAUCAUCGAAGACUAUAAUUUCUUCCAAGGUCGCCUCUAGUAGCCCUCGCACGCCUUCUGCGGAUGUGUGA